GUUCCACGGUUUAUCAUGCUCAUGCUCGAUUCACAUUUACUGUGGUGUAGCUCCCUAUCUAUAUUUGUUUACUUUUCAUUGGUUAUCAACCAUAAAAUAAUAUCUGCUGAUCAAUUUUGACGUUUUUUAGUGAAUUUUGAAAAGGAAUCUUCUAACGCAAAUUCACAAUGGGUAAUGAGAGCUCUUUGCCUAUGGAACUCUGUUCUAAUUUUGAUGUUGAUGAAAUUAGAAGAUUGGGAAAACGAUUUCGAAAAUUAGAUCUGGAUAAUAGUGGUGCUUUAAGUAUUGAUGAGUUUAUGUCAUUACCAGAGUUACAACAAAAUCCUUUAGUUCAACGUGUAAUAGAUAUAUUUGAUGCUGAUGGUAAUGGAGAAGUUGAUUUUAAGGAAUUUAUUCAUGGUGUUUCUCAAUUCAGUGUUAAGGGUGACAAAGAAAGCAAAUUAAGAUUUGCCUUUAGAAUUUAUGAUAUGGAUAAUGAUGGUUUCAUAAGUAAUGGUGAAUUAUUCCAAGUACUAAAAAUGAUGGUAGGCAAUAAUUUGAAAGAUACACAACUUCAACAAAUUGUUGAUAAAACAAUAUUGUUUGCUGACAAAGAUGAAGAUGGCAAAAUUAGUUUUGAGGAAUUCUGUUCUGUUGUUGGUAAUACAGAUAUUCAUAAGAAGAUGGUGGUUGAUGUCUAAAUAAUCAAAACUUUUAAAAAAUAUUAAAUAUUAAAAUAUGGUAAUAUGUUUGAUUUUAUAAAUUCAUUAAUAAUAGCAAUUCAUUGGAUAGUUAUAAGUAACAAAAUCUUGUAGCAUUAAAUUAUGAUAGUUACUAAACCUUUAAUCGAGCCAAUUUGUACAUCAGUUUGUCACCUUUAAAAUGAUCCCUAUAGUGCAAUGUAUAUUAGAAUUUGUUGACCACCAACUUUCUACAAUCAUGCACAUUCUAUAAAUAUUAUAUAACUUCUAAUGUUAUAAUCAAAUAUCGUUCGUUACAUUGCAUAUAAGUACAUGCAUAUUUAUUUUAGUUGAAGAUGUUAUGUUUGUGUAAUAAUUCUGUUAUUAUUUUGUAAUUUAUAACUUUAUUUAAUUAAUGUAUAAAAAGUUGUAAAGUUAAUUUAGAAAAACUUUAGGAAUACAGUUAUAAAUACUUAGAUUGUUAAAAAGUGAAACAUAAUAUUCCUUAUAUCAGAAUCUAAAAUAUGUUUUGAUUAUUCUUUUAAAAAAAUAUUCCAACAAUUUACAAUAUAGAUAGCUAAAAAAUUUGCAUUUUGUAUUAACUGUGUUUCUGUAGUUUUUCAAUUAAAUACUAGUAGAUCUAGAUGAACAGGCAUAUCUUAUUUAGGUUAUAUGAUAUGAAAUUUAAACUAUUGUUGAAAUGUAAGUAGUGAAUCUGAAAAAUGUUUUUGAUUAAUUAGUUUCAGUAUGAAUUUGUAAUAUACGUAUUGUGUUCAAGUACUACCAAGUGUGCAUUUGAAAGAAGUACAUUAUUUCCUUCAAUAUUCUUAAUUUAACAUCCAAGAAGUUCUUCAUAUAAAAAGAGAUUAAUCUUUUAACAUAAAUCUGUCUUUCUUACAACUAUUAAUAAGACUGAAAUAGGAAUGGAAUUUUCAAAUGCACUAUUAUUCUUUACAUAAUUAUAUUUUUUCAUUAUGUGAUUAAAAAACGUAAUUUACUACAAAAUUAUUAUUUAUUCUGGUACUAGAAGUAUUUGUACAUUUACAUAUUAUAAAGUCUUAAUGUCUGAUUCUAAUGUUAAAUCAUAAACUUUAUCAAAAUGAAUAGUAGGUGACAACAGUUUACAUUUAAACAAUCUAUAUUUAAAUCAUUGUUACCAGUUUCAUAAGUUAAUGUCAUUUGAUGAUAUGAGGAAAUAUUGAUCUAUUAAAGAGUAUGUCAAACAAGA